UUUUAAUCUGAUAAUCUGACAAACUGUCACACUGAUGGAUUUGUUACUAUGUAUAAUUAAAAGGAGCAGACAUAAUUCAAUAGGCACGCAUUCAUUGGAAGGAGGUGAUAGUCCCCCACAAGACAAAAAAGACGAUGGAAAAAUUAUUGUACUUAAUACAAGAACAGCAGGUCAGGCCGUCAAUACUUCUUUCCAAACUCACUGGAAUGACUCUCAAGCAUCCGCUUCACAAGUUGCAAAUGGAAAUUCAUCCCUACAGAGUCUUAAAGGAGAUAAAGGAACAACUGGGACCACAGGACCAAAAGGGGAUACUGGAACCACUGGACCUACGGGAAUAAAAGGGGAAAGUGGUCCAAAAGGGGACAAAGGAGAUAUAUGCACUACAGGACUGAAAGGGAGUAAUGGGACCUCAGGGACUCCUGGAGCUAUGGGAGCAAAAGGGGACCACGGACCAAAGGGAGACAAAGGAGAAAUAGGUACUGCAGGGCCGAAAGGGAACGAUGGAACCACUGGCACUACUGGGAAUAUAGGACCAAAAGGGGAUCAAGGUCCUAAUGGAGAGCAAGGAAAAAUAGGAAAUGCGGGGCCUAAAGGGAAUCCUGGUACACAUGGAAUUAAGGGACAAACAGGGGAAAUUGGGGGAACUGGAGCUAUGGGUCAAAAAGGGAACUAUGGUUUACCUGGGAGUAGGGGACCAAAAGGAGCUUCUGGAAGACCAGGUUUAAAAGGACAAAAAGGGAAUAAAGGGACGCAUGGGGCUGCUGGACCUUUAGGACCCCCAGGGUACAUUGGUCAUCCGGGAAUUACAGGACGGAAAGGAGAUGCUGGAAAUCCUGGAAUUGUGGGACAGAAAGGGGAUACCGGAAGCCAAGGGACUCAAGGAGAGAAAGGGGAGACAGGAUUAGACAGGACUGGUAGGCAAUCACUUUUUUAAAACUCUAUUACUAUGAUGUAUUUUUUAAUAUUGGUCAAUAAAGACGAAUGUAUGUAUAUCCAAUCUGGAACAUACUAUUGAAACUAGUGUUGUGGCUUAUAGAAAUUCUUCUACCGACGUCAAUAAUGGUUGCGCAACACGAGUUGGUAUAUAUUUCUACUCUUCAUUCC